AUGAAGCUGCUGCGACGGGCGUGGCGGCACCGGACGGCCCUGGGCCUGGGGUGCCUGGCACUCUGCGGCGCCACUCUGUUCUACCUGGCACGCUGUGCGGCUGAAGGCCCGCGGCCAGGCCGCCCUCCACCACCAGCCGGGGUCGCCGCUCGUGCCGCCCCCUCCUCUGCCUUCCUGGCGGUACUGGUGGCCAGCGCGCCCCGGGCGGCCGAGCGGCGCAGCAUCGUCCGCAGCACGUGGCUGGCGGCUGCGCGGCGCGGUGGUCCGGGCGACGUGUGGGCGCGCUUCGCCGUGGGCACAGCCGGGCUGGGCUCCGACGAGCUGCGCGCUCUGGAACGCGAGCAGGCGCGGCACGGCGACCUCCUGCUGCUGCCCGCAUUGCGCGACUCCUACGAGAACCUGACGGCCAAAGUGCUGGCCAUGCUGACCUGGCUCGAUGAGCACGUGGCCUUCGAGUUCGUGCUCAAGGCGGACGACGACUCAUUCGCGCGCCUGGACGCACUGGUGGCCGAGCUGCGCGCACGCGACCCACCACGCCGCCGCCGCCUCUACUGGGGUUUCUUCUCGGGCCGCAGUCGCGUCAAGCCAGGUGGCCGGUGGCGGGAGGGCGCCUGGCAGCUCUGCGACUACUACCUGCCCUAUGCGCUGGGUGGCGGCUACGUACUCUCUGCCGACCUGGUGCACUACCUGCGCCUCAGUCGCGAUUACUUGCACGCGUGGCACAGUGAGGACGUGUCACUGGGCGCCUGGCUGGCCCCCGUGGACGUGCAGCGCGAGCACGAUCCACGCUUCGACACCGAAUACAAAUCUCGAGGCUGCAGCAACCAGUACUUGGUGACACAUAAGCAGAGCCUGGAGGACAUGCUGGAGAAACACCAGAUGCUGACACGAGAGGGUCGCCUGUGCAAGGAGGAGGUCCGGCUGCGCCUUUCCUACAUCUACGAUUGGUCAGCGCCGCCGUCACAGUGCUGUCAGAGGAAGGAGGGCAUCCCUUGA